CGUCAGUACGUCGAUCGGGUGUCUUCAGGUUCUGUUCGCUGGGAUGGCAGUGAGGUAUCAACACAACCAUGAGCUGUCAUGAGCAGGUAGACACGUGGCAGUCUCACACUCGUUGUUACAAAGCCGAGCUGCUCUUUGAUCCCGUCUUGGAGCAAUGUCAAGGCCGCCACACCUAGGCAGUGUCAAGGCCAGUACAUGUAGCAAAGGUUAAUUGGUUGUAGUUAGUGAGCAGCAGUGUCAAGGAUAUUGAAUGUUGUACUCAGUGACAGUACAUUUUACACACCACUUGCACCUAUAAAAGAAUGGAGGGCAUGAGUGAAGACAGAGGAAGCAUGAAAUGCUGGCUGCAAGUCUGUCUUUGAGGCUUGAGGAGACAACCAAAUACUAGCAGGAGUUAAUCAAUAAUUGUAUAUGUGUUGUUUGAUAAUGUCAUUAGGGGAAUUGCUGUAGUAACUUCCACUACACACCUUCUUCAGUCUGACAUCAUUAGAAAAAUAAGUCCAACACAUUGCUACUUGUUAUCAACCCCCCAACCCCCAACUCCCCAAAAAACAACAGCAAACAGCAGUCUGCCUGCGACGACCAUAUGGACACUGGGCCUGCGUAUUGUGCACGUGUUUGCUUUUUGUCUUGACCCUCUAGGGGUCCCACCUCUUCUUCCCCACCCCCUAUGACGCAUCGGUUCGAUACCCGUGUGGAGCGGCGAACUCUGCCUAGUCGACCCAGCCUCGUGACCUGCAGGGAUCCACGGAACAAUGGCUUCUGUACAGGGCGACCUUCGAUUCCACUGGGCGGAUUAUUUGAUAUUCAUCGCCGUCAUCGUCAUCUCGGGCAUCAUAGGUCUGUACGCUGCCAUCAAGCACAGGCGAGCUACAGCCCAGGAGCUGCUGACAGGCAACCGGAAGUUGCCGUUGAUUCCGGUGACGUUGUCGCUGGCGGCCAGCUUCAUGUCGGCCAUUUUCAUCCUGGGGACGCCGUCGGAGGCGUAUUUAAACAGCACCGAGUACUGGCUGGUGGGGCUGGGCUACAUCCCCGCACAGCUGCUCACCUGCCUCCUCUUCAUGCCAGUCUUCUACAGCCUGGAACUCACCAGCGCCUACCAGUACCUGGAGCUCCGCUUCAACAGGGUGGUGCGCGUGAUGGGGUCUCUGACCUUCACCAUUGAAAUGAUUCUGUACAUGGCAGUUGCUACCUAUGCCCCGGCACUAGCACUCAGUCAAGUGACACAUCUAUCCAUGGAAAUAUCCAUCCUAGCUUCGGGACUUGUUUGUACACUGUACACAGCCUUCGGAGGAAUCAAGGCCGUGGUGUGGACGGAUGCUUUCCAGACUCUGAUCAUCCUGGCUGGACUGUUGGCGGUUAUCAUCCGAGGAGUGGACAUCACAGGCGGCUGGAGCGUUGUCAUGGAGAAAGCCAAACGUGGCGGUCGUUUCACAUGGAAAUUAGACCUGGACCCCGACCCCUUCCAGCGCCAUACCUUCUGGACUCUCGUGGUGGGCGGCUGCUGCACGGCACUCACGCUGUACGCCGGCAACCAGGCGCUGCUGCAGCGCUACCUCAGCGUCCGCUCCCUCACCAGAGCCCGGAUGACUAUCCUCUUGCAUCUGCCGAUUACCGAGAUUUUUCUGGCCAUGACUAUGAUAGUGGGGCUCGUGAUGUACGCUUAUUACGAGGGUUGUGACCCUCUCAAACAUGGGGACAUCUCCAAGCCGGACCAGAUGCUGCCCUUGUUCGUCAUGGAGACUUUGAGCGUUGCACCCGGGUUACCUGGGUUGUUCGUAGCGUGUGUCUACAGCGCCGCCCUCAGCACUGUAUCAUCCGGAGUGAACUCUCUGGCUGCUGUCACGCUUGAAGAUUUUUUGAAACCAGUUCUGGAGAAAAAAUUUCAAGGGAGGCCACCUCAACGACUUCUGUCAAUCAUAACCGUCUCUUCGGCUCUUCUGUACGGAUUGGUGACCAUCGGACUGGCCUACCUGGCUGGGGUGGUGGGUUCUACAAUUCUGCAAGUCGCCAUGAGCAUCUUUGGCAUGGUGGGCGGACCUCUGCUCGCGCUCCUAAUGGUCGGCCUUUUCUGCCCAUGUGUCAACUCCUGGGGGGCAGGAGUUGGACUGGUCUGCAGCCUUGUUAUCUCCCUCUGGGUUGGCAUCGGCCCCAUCGUCAACCCGCAGAAGACCGUCUCUACAUUACCUCCCCUUCAUACGCUCGGAUGUGACGUCAUCGAGUCGAACGUCACGUGGUCUAAUGUAACUCUGCUGACCACCGUCCACACACUGUCUACUGAAAACGUCACCACAGCCACUUCCGUGUCAUCUUCUUUGGGCUCUGGUCUGGCUACUUGGUACCGACUGUCCUACUGGCACUACAGUACCCUCUCCAUCAUCGUCACUUUCAUCGUCAGCAUCGUCGUCUCAGGAGUAACAGGUUUCAACAAGAACAGAGACAUCGACCGACGAACUUACUACGAUAUAUUUGCGUGCUGUCGGCCCAACAAAGAGAAGAGCUCGGAGUACGACCUGAAGGAUGGGAGGAGUAACACUGGCUAUGUCACAGACUCCACAUCUCACACUAGCAGUUUGAACAAUACCGUGUCCAUCAAAAGCUAUCAUGCCAUAUGAUGUUUGUUUACAAAUAUACAAUAAAAUGUCAGAACACA